AUGGCGAAUUGGAAUCCGUUCGCCAAACGCGAGGAAUUCACCAAGAACCACCUCAUUGCCUACAAAAUCCUCACCAUCGUUUCCUGGCUUCUCCUGGUCAUCGUUGGAGCCUAUUAUACCUUCUCUCGCCCGGCGGAUUGCGGGCACAAACAUCUCUGCCACACAAUAUGGGGACAAAACAGCCAUAGACGGACACCUUUCAGCUUGAAUUCGGUAGUAACCAGCAUCUACUGGGUGGUCAUUUUGAUCCUGCAGGCACACUAUGUCCGCUAUCUGUGGAGCGCAGACAAGGCGUUCGUCACGAGUGCUGCCAAUGUUGGAAGCCACUUCAUCUUCCACAAUCUCCUCACCUUUGGCUUCAUAAUGCUGUGGGUCCGAGGCCAUUUCUGGCAGGGCGAGCUGCUCCUGAUUGUCAACUUGUUCAACCUUACCCUCUUGUAUUUCGGCCACCCCACGACUCCUCUGUUCAUUCACCUGCCUGUCGUCUCUGCGCCUCUGGCCUGGAAUUACGUUGCAAUCCUCUGGGAUGGGGCAGCCAUGGUCAACGCUCAUACUUUGCCCGCCAGAAUCGUGGCCAAUAUCUUCAUCUGGGGUAUUCUAGUGCUUGGAGGCUUCUUCCUUUUGACUUUCAAGGACUAUACCAUGGGUCUUGAGUUAGCAGUGCUUUCACUAGCGCUUGCCAUCGGACAGGUUGGGACACAUGUCAUUGCUCUACAGUGGAUUUUCGCCUUCGUCAUUGCUGGAUGUUUGCUGGUCAUGUCGCUACUCAUUGGAGCUCCAAAAUUGUUUGGCCAAGACAGAAGUAUUCGACAGGAAGGUGCCAUUGUCAGCGAGGACCGAGAACGGGCACCACUUCUGAGCGAUCAAUGA